ACCGAAGGCAGGUUUAAUUUAUCCUUAUAACCAAACACUAUAAAAGUGAAAAUCCCAAAACCUAGUGUAUAUAUACGUAAUGGAGCGCCGCUUCUUGUCCUGCUUACACCAGCGAGAGGUGAUUACCGAUUCACCAUGUCGAAGCGAGGAAGGGGUGGAUCGGCGGGGAACAAGUUCAGGAUGUCCUUGGGUCUGCCGGUGGCGGCGACUGUGAAUUGCGCCGACAACACCGGAGCGAAGAAUCUCUACAUAAUAUCCGUGAAGGGAAUAAAGGGCCGCUUAAACCGUCUCCCUUCAGCCUGUGUUGGCGACAUGGUGAUGGCUACUGUCAAGAAGGGCAAGCCUGAUCUUCGUAAGAAGGUUAUGCCCGCCGUCAUUGUCCGUCAACGCAAGCCGUGGCGCCGAAAGGAUGGUGUCUUCAUGUACUUUGAAGAUAAUGCGGGUGUCAUUGUUAAUCCUAAAGGAGAAAUGAAAGGUUCUGCUAUUACUGGUCCCAUUGGAAAGGAGUGCGCUGAUCUUUGGCCUAGAAUUGCAAGUGCUGCCAAUGCUAUUGUGUAAGGAUCAAUUGUGAGUGCUUUAUGCACUUAGUUUUAUAGGCAAUGGUUGAUGGUAGUUUUGUUAGGGACAGUGGAAUGUCCACCGUCUUAUAUACGCUGCUGAUGGAUUUUAUGUUUGGAGACGAUUAGAUUGUCAGAUAGUAUAUCUUCAUAUCUUUGAAGACAACUAAUAUUUUCGUUGUCGUCAAUCUCUCUUUAUAAUUAUGGUUCAUGCUUCUGAUUUUUGUAUUCCGAGUAAGUCCUUGUGGUAUUUGAAUACAAGGGAUGAUGUAUCUAU